CUGUGCUGAGGUCCUGCUGCCGGGGCAAUAAGAGGAGCUGUGCAAUCAGUUGUCCCUGAAAAUGUCUGACAGUCUGGAUAAUGAAGAGAAACCCCCAGCCCCACCGCUGAGAAUGAACAGUAACAACCGAGAUUCUUCAGCACUCAACCACAGUUCCAAACCACUUCCCAUGGCCCCUGAAGAGAAGAAUAAGAAAGCCAGGCUUCGCUCUAUCUUCCCAGGAGGAGGGGAUAAAACCAAUAAGAAGAAGGAGAAAGAACGCCCAGAGAUCUCUCUUCCUUCAGACUUUGAACAUACGAUUCAUGUGGGGUUUGACGCAGUCACCGGGGAGUUCACUAACUCCCCCUUCCAGACUUCUAGACCUGUGACGGUCGCUUCAAGUCAAUCAGAGGGAAGAAUGCCAGAUCUCUAUGGCUCACAGAUGUGCCCAGGGAAGCUCCCAGAGGGAAUCCCUGAGCAGUGGGCACGGUUACUCCAAACCUCCAACAUAACAAAACUGGAACAGAAGAAGAACCCACAAGCCGUCCUGGAUGUUCUCAAAUUCUACGAUUCCAAAGAAACGGUCAACAACCAGAAAUACAUGAGCUUUACGUCAGGAGAUAAAAGUGCACACGGAUACAUAGCAGCCCAUCCCUCGAGUACAAAAACAGCAUCAGAGCCUCCUUUGGCUCCACCUGUGUCUGAAGAAGAAGAGGAAGAAGAGGAAGAAGAAGAAGAUGACAAUGAGCCCCCCCCAGUUAUUGCGCCAAGACCCGAGCAUACUAAAUCAAUCUACACUCGUUCUGUGCUGGAAUCCAUUGCUUCACCGGCAGUACCAAAUAAAGAGGUCACACCACCUUCUGCUGAGAACGCCAACUCCAGUACUUUGUAUAGAAACACAGAUCGGCAAAGGAAAAAAUCCAAGAUGACGGACGAGGAGAUCCUAGAGAAGCUAAGAAGCAUUGUGAGUGUCGGUGACCCAAAGAAAAAAUACACAAGAUUUGAAAAAAUAGGCCAAGGGGCAUCAGGUACUGUUUACACAGCGCUAGACAUUGCCACCGGACAAGAGGUGGCCAUAAAGCAGAUGAACCUUCAACAGCAGCCCAAAAAGGAAUUAAUUAUUAAUGAAAUUCUGGUCAUGAGGGAAAAUAAGAACCCCAAUAUUGUUAAUUAUUUAGAUAGCUACUUAGUGGGUGAUGAACUAUGGGUAGUCAUGGAAUACUUGGCUGGUGGCUCUCUUACUGAUGUGGUCACAGAGACCUGUAUGGAUGAAGGCCAGAUAGCAGCUGUCUGCAGAGAGUGCCUCCAAGCUCUGGAUUUUUUGCACUCAAACCAAGUGAUCCAUAGAGACAUAAAGAGUGACAAUAUUCUUCUUGGGAUGGAUGGCUCUGUUAAAUUGACUGAUUUUGGGUUCUGCGCCCAGAUCACCCCCGAGCAAAGUAAACGGAGCACUAUGGUGGGAACUCCCUACUGGAUGGCACCUGAGGUUGUAACUCGAAAAGCUUAUGGUCCGAAAGUUGAUAUCUGGUCUCUGGGGAUUAUGGCAAUCGAAAUGGUGGAAGGUGAACCCCCUUACCUUAAUGAAAAUCCACUCAGGGCAUUAUAUCUGAUAGCCACUAAUGGAACCCCAGAGCUCCAGAAUCCCGAGAGACUGUCAGCUGUGUUCCGUGACUUUUUAAAUCGCUGUCUUGAGAUGGAUGUGGACAGACGAGGAUCUGCCAAGGAGCUUUUGCAGCAUCCAUUUUUAAAAUUAGCCAAGCCUCUCUCCAGCCUGACUCCUCUGAUUAUCGCCGCAAAAGAAGCGAUUAAGAACAGCAGCCGCUAGGACCGCGAGGCCUACCCUCCACCAUCUCCCUCCUGAGUAAGACUGAACUGAGACGCUGCUGCGGAAAA